AUGGUUACACCAUUUGGCCGAUGGGAUGCGAAAGAACUUGACAAGGAUCGCAUCAACCUCAAUUUCCUAGAGGUCAUACUGCCAACCUACACUCAUCUGAAGAAGAAUGGGUCAACCACGAAAGUCAUUUCUAAGGAGCUUGAUUACUUGACUGACAAGGGCCGGUACCCCCCUGGGGGAGCGGGCUGGAUCCGUCACGAGGAUGAAGACGUCACUUGGCAAGUCGAGAUCGCCGCCGAAGCAUAUGCUCAGUCUACUAUUGACAAUUACGUCUAUCCUGGUGGUCGAAAGAGCUCGGAGCGCAUCCAGUUAGAGAAGGCUAUCAAGGAAGCUGCUGCACAACGCGCAGCCUAG